UGCUGGUUGAGCGGUGACUUUUUCGGACACCAGGACAAGCCUUCGUCGUCGCCUCAUAACACUCAUUGGUCAUGAGGGACAGUAGCAUUUGCUUGAGACGAAGGAAAAGAAUCUUCUGAAGUCUUCUCCGUUCUGCCAGGUGAACUAACGUGUGACUUCAGGCAUAUCGUAUCAUGUUUUUCACGCACCUGUUGCCUUGCUUGUGGCCCGUCUAAUCCUUCGUGUCGCAUCUUUUUUAUCGAAGUAGACGCUACCUGCUGAAAUGAGUAUUGUUAUUCCGUCUCAGUAUCUGCUAAGCGGUGUGCAGCAAAGCUGUCGACAGCCAUCCGCUCGCUCGUCUGCUGGUUGCAAGCUAAGCGAAGGAUCAUGGCAUGGCACCCGGGUAUCAAUAGCCACGUUUCACGCGGGAGAGAAACGGGACACCGACGCGAUGAUUCGCAAGUUCUUGAACGAGUAUUGGCGAAUCAAGGAGCUCACUCACCCGAACAUAAUACACACAUUCGGUAUUCUGCAGUGCUCCUCACAGCCAGACACCCUGAGCUUGGUGAUGGAGUCCACGUUUUCCACGCUGAAAAUGCGCUACGCCCGCGAGCCGAUGCUCCGGCCCAUAGAACAGGCCAGAAUCGGUCUUGGCAUCGCGUCGGCGAUCGAGUACCUGCACGAUCGAUGUCUGAUGUGCUGCGGCCUAGCCACCGGCAGCGUGUUCGUCACAGGGUCGGGGCGAGAUGUGUCAGCUAAGCUUAGCGCAUGGUCAGAGUUCGGACUGUUCGACUGCGAACCGCCGCCACCUCUGGCCUAUUCGCCGCCUGAGCACCGCGUAGACACUACUUCUGGCGGCAAAGGAAAGGCAAACAAUGCAACCUCGCGUGAUCCUGCAUCGGACACUUUCGCACUGGGGGUGACCUUGCUGGCAAUGUGCAGGCAGUGUGAACCGCUCGACCAGUCGGCCAGAAAUCUUUGCCACGGGGAUUUAGCCUUGCUCGGUAGCGACCACUCCCUGUUCAACACGAUCAACAAGUGUCUCGUUGCUAAUCCAGAACAGAGGCCGACGGCAGCAGCCCUGUGCCGGGAACUCGGAACCCUUCUCCAAUCUCUCGUUACCCAGGACAUACGCCGAAGAGCGACAACAAGAAAAGCGUUGAGCAACGGACGUGGCGAGUCACACGAAAGCAAGGCGGCCGCCACGGCCAGUGUGCUGCAAAUUCGGCAAGGGCUGAUCGAAGAACGGGAUCGCCUCCUCGAGGAACUGACCGGCGUACAGACUCGCCUGGAGGAACUACCGCCACCAGCCUACGAUCAGGUUGUCGAGGAACCGCAGAGUGAACCUGUGGAUUCGACACUGGAUGACUUUGCUGUCGUUAUCGGCAUCUCCGCCGAGGCAAAUGCGUGGCAUUUCGAUGACGACGAAGUGAGUAAGGAGAACGGCGACUUAGCCUCCGCCGAAAGCGGCAAUGGCGUGGACGAGACGAGCUGCGAUUCCGACUCGCUCACCUACCAGAAUAUCUCCUCGCUUAUCUUAGAACGCAGCGCAGUCCUGGAGGCUGCACUUGCGGCCGCAGUCGCGCCACCGACAAGUCGCCGAAGGCAGCGGCACCCACCGAUUGAUCCAGAUCUGAUUGCGCUCAGUCAGACGAACAGCGGUGAGGGUAUGAUUGCACGCUGCAAUCGCGUCUUCAGGGAGAAACAAUCUGAGCUGCCACAGUGGGUCACGAUAGCCACUUAUCCAGAGGACGCUCUGAGUUGCUGCUCCAUGCCAUGCACUCAUGACGGCUGUCUGUACGUGGCCUUUCUGAUGGACACCGACGGGGCGCAGCUAGCCAGGGCCGAACUGCUACGUCUGAGUCUGCGUGCAGCAAGCACGGGCAGCGAGGAUGUGGAGUGGACUGUCAUCACACUGCCUGGCGACUGGCACUACCGUUGCUAUCUCUUCACGGCCGUUCAUGAUAGCACGGAACGCCUGUACGUUGCCGUGAUACGCCGCGAUCUCACCGGCUUGUAUUCCAUCUUCAGCAUGGCUGCGCCAGGCGAGUGGCGCUUCGUCAAGCAGCUCCCGGUUGAAGUGUUUGAUUUCGGCCUGGUAGUCGUAGGCAGCUUGCUGUUGGUGAUGGGCGGACGGCAGAAGCCUAUCUGGACGAGUGCCGCAUCGCAGGGCGUUUACAUGACCGACCUUUCGCUGCCCAACUCACCCUGGCUGGUUCUCACGAGUUUGCCCUGUGCAUGCCUGUCGCCUCGUGUUGUCGUCACUGGCCACUGGCUUCGCUGCCUGGGCUACAACAGUGAGGCGCAACAUAACACGUGCCGAGUGCUGAGCCUAGACUUGAGCCAGGAUCGGGCAGAGCAGCGGUGGUCCGUUGAUAUCGUCGCCGGCAGUCCGAUGUCAUUCAGUGCUGCGGUCGCGCUCAACGACCAUCUCAUUACGGUCGGCGGACGACGGGGACAAAAAGCCGAUCAGAGCACUCUGGCGGAUGCGUUUGUGUACCUGGAGGAGCUGAGGGAAUGGCUGCCGUUCCCGCCCGUGCAGGAGGCUCGGCGUGGCUCGCACUGUCUCGCAUGGGACAAACAGCUGAUCUGCAUCAGCGGAAUGAGCGAGAGCAAUGAAGGUUCCGCUACCGGACCAGUAAGAAGUAUUGAGUGCUUGCGAUACGGGGGAAGAAACGAGGAGCACAACUGAUCUCAUCGAUAUUUGGUUGCAUGACCGCAACGGCGAGUAACUGAACACAACCACUUGCCACAUUCUCUAUUUUUUCUGUUGUCAUUUGUUUGUAUUAUGACUGCAACGGCAAACAGUAUACUUGACCACAUCAACUUGCUACGCCCUGGCUUUACUGGACCAUCACUGAAUGUUGCUACUCCGUGCUGUAAGACAUUACCUUAUUUUCCUUUUUAUCUCCUUAUGAUCGGUUUUUCGGGCCUCUUUGUAGUGGUUCAUUGUACUGUUCAGCCACCGAAGUAAAAUAAAUUGAAUACAAUGCAAUACAAAAAUCA